UUGGGCAACAAAUAUUACGUGGUGACCCCGGGGGACAUGAAGAGGGAAGGCUUGAAGGAAUUCGCCGUGGUGGCCGGGAAGUCACCGACCACCGUUUCCAUCGAGGUCAAAGGCAGGUUUUAUUACAGGGGGAAGCGUUACGUCUCCGGAUCCACCCUCCAGGUCUUCCUCGAGCCCUACCGCACCUUCCAAGUGCAAAGCAGCGUUGAUUUAUCCGGCACCAAGAUCACGUCGGACAACGCCGUGGCCCUCUUCAGCGGCCACACCUGCGCCAAGGUGCACACGGGCUGCGAUUACGUGGUCGAGCAGCUCCUGCCCGUGGCUCAGUGGGGGAAAAGUUACCUCAUCCCCCCCAACCCUUUGCAGAGGGACACCAGCUUCGCCUACGCCCUGGCAGACGCCCAAACCUCCAUCACCUACAACGCCGGUGGUUCGGCCGCCACCGAGGAGAUCGCAGGCGGCGAGGUCCACAUCUUCGCCGUGAAACAAAAUUCCUUCCUUUACGUGAGCGCUUCGGCGCCGAUCCAGGUGGUUUACUUCUUCGCCGGCGCCAAGCAGAGUUCGGUAAAUCGAGACCCCUUCCUGGUCAACAUCCCGCCCAUCUCCACCUACUGCACAUCCUACCGGGUCAGCGGCAUCUACGGCUUCGAAACCCACGUGAUCCUCGUUGCCCCGAAGGCUGACGCCAGCGCCACCACCCUCAACCAGAAGGAGAAGGCAAUUUCUUGGCAAACGAUCCCCGGCACAGAUUUUUCCUGGGCCAGAAUCGCCCUGAAAAAAUCGGCGGAAAUCCAGAGCGUCGAGCACCGCCAGGCGCCCCUCGGCCUCCUGGUCUUCGGCUUCCAGAAUUACGCCGGUUACGGCUUCGCCGGUCUUUGUGCCACGCCCGCUUCCGCUCAGCUUCCCUGUGAAGACCCGGACUGCAACGAGUGCAGCGCGCUGCAAUCCUCGUGCGUCCCAGAAACCUUCACGACCUGCUGGGCCACCGGGGAUCCCCACUACCUCACUUUCGACGGGAAAACCUUUGAUUUCAUGGGCACGUGCACCUACACCUUGACCAAGACCUGCGAUUCGGAUCCCAAGCUGCCCGUCUUCAGCGUCGAGGCCAAAAAUGAACACAGAGCCAACCCAAAAGUUUCCUGCGUCGGUUCCGUGACCGUCCGUAUCUAUGACAUCGUCAUCACUAUGGUCAGGGCUGAGAAGGGGAUCGUGAGGGUGAACAACCAUCACUCCCACCUCCCCAUCGCCCUCGCCGAAGGGAAACUCCACCUGCAGCAGAAGGGUAAGUCCCUGCUGCUGGAAACCGACUUCAAGCUGAAGAUCUUGUACGACUGGGAUAACCGGGUGUUGGUGAAACUCCCGAGCGCUCUCUCCGGCAAGGUGUGCGGGCUGUGCGGCAACAGCAACGGCAACCCCCACGAUGAUUCCCUGAUGCCUGAUGGCAACCUGGCGCUGGACGCCGUGGAGCUGGGCCGCAGCUGGAAGGUGGCCGGUGAAAGCCGCAACUGCAGGGACACCUGCGACGGGGCGUGCGGACAGUGCCGAUGGGAGGAGGCGGCCAAGUACAAGGCGGACACGUCGUGCGGGAUGCUCACCCAACGCCGGGGGCCCUUCGAGAGCUGCCACGCCGCCGUCAACCCCAACAUCUACCUGAGGCACUGCGUCAACGACGUCUGCAUGAGCAACGGGCUCCACGCCAUGCUGUGCAAGGCCCUCGAAGCCUACGCGGACGACUGCCAGGAGGAGGGAGUCACCAUUCCGAACUGGAGGGCGCUGGCACGUUGCCACAGGCAGAUCUUCAUCUACCGAGCUGGGCUGGAAGCGUCGGUGGAGACGGACUUCGGCCUCACCGUCACCUACGACUGGCAAAGCCAAGUCACCGUCUCGGCGCCCGGCACUUACGCGAACGCCCUGUGCGGCCUCUGCGGAAACUACAACGGCGACGCGGGCGACGAGAUGACGAUGAGAAACGGCCGCGUGACGUCCGACCCCGACGCCUUCGGGCACAGCUGGAAGGUGACCGACGUCCCCGGUUGCGUGGAGCGCUCGCAGGUGGAAUGUCCCGCCCCCGAGGCGGCUCUGCAGCAGCAGCGGGUUUCCAAGAAGGCUUGUGGGAUCAUGCUGGAAGAGGACGGACCCUUCGGGUCUUGUCACGCUCACGUGGACCCCGCCAAAUAUUUCCAAAGCUGCGUGCAUGAAUUUUGCCUCUUCCCGGACCAGGAAGGUGCGAUAUGUCCCGUCAUCGCCCGCUACACCUCGGCCUGCCAGGCCGCCGGCGUGACCGUCGAGAGAUGGAGGACGAACGAUUUCUGCAGUAUUUCGUGUCCCGCCAACAGCCACUACGAGCUCUGCUCCCAGAGCUGCAGCCAGAUCUGCGGCAGCAUCCACGCGCCGGUGAAAUGUUCGGGGAGGUGCAGGGAGGGUUGCGUGUGCGACGAAGGCUUCGUGCUCAGCGGCGACCAGUGCGUCCCCGUGUCCCAGUGCGGGUGCCUCGAUCGGGGUUUCUACUACAAGGUGGAGGAGACCUUCUACCCCACCAAGCAGGAGCAAUGUCAGUGCCGGAGCGGCGGCGCUGUGGCCUGCCGAAAUUUUUCGUGCCCCGAAGGCAGCCAAGGGAAAAUCGUUGAUGGCGUCUUCCAAUGCCAACCUGCCACGCUCGGGGCCUGCCUGGCCACCGGUGACCGCAGCUAUUUGUCCUUCGAUGGGAUGGCUUUUAACAUCCCGGGCGCCUGCUCCUACAUCCUCACGGAGACCUGUGGUGGUGACGACGUUGUCAAACCCUUUGUUGUGAAAAUCAAGAAGGAAGCCCGCCAGAAGAGGAAGGUCUCCGGCAUCGAAGAGUUGUCCGUUGAAGUCUACGGCCUCGCCUUGACCUUGACACGGGGCAAGAGGGGAGACGUCACGGUGGGCUCCAUAUCCCACCACCUCCCAGCCAUCCUGAGCAAGGGCCAAGUCCAAGUGCACCAACACGGCACGGGCGUCCUGCUUCAGACUGACUUCGGCCUCGUCGUACGCUACGACCUCCUCCACCACGUGAUGGUCACGGUCCCUCAGAGCUACCGGGGCCACCUUUGCGGCCUUUGUGGCAACUACAACGGGGAACGCGACGACGAUUUGCUCCUCCCCAGCGGCCA